CGCCGGUCCACCUCUCCAUACCAGUCGCCUGACGCUACUGGAAAGAAGACGGGCAGUCCCAACUUCCGUCCGCGAUCAAUGUCUGUUGGCGACUUCGAAUUUGACACUACAGAGCUGAAUGAGCGAAUCAAACACACGCGGGAUUUCAAGAAGAAGGGAUUCAAAGGCAACACCCGUGGCAAUCACAUCCAAGCUCCCUUUGCAACGUUGGAGGAGCUGUUCAAGAAGCUGCCAAAGUCGGUUGGAUUUAAUAUUGAACUCAAAUAUCCCAUGCUCUUUGAGAGCGAGGAGGAGGAGAUGGAUACUUACGCCGUCGAGCUGAAUUCCUUCGUGGAUACGGUUCUCAAGAUGGCCUACGACCACGGCCAGGGGCGCAACAUGAUAUUUUCCAGCUUCAACCCCGAUGUCUGUCUUUUGAUCGCUUUCAAGCAGCCUUCCAUCCCUGUGCUCUUCUUGACCGACUCUGGUGCGUCUCCGGUCAGCGACAUCCGAGCCAGCAGUCUGCAAGAAGCUAUUCGGUUUGCUUCUCGCUGGAGCUUGCUGGGCGUCGUUUCCCAGGCUGAGCCACUGGUUCUGUGUCCGCGUCUAGUCCGCGUCGUGAAGGAGUCUGGUCUUGUCUGCGUAUCUUACGGAACGUUGAACAAUGAGCCAGCAAACGUCAAGCUUCAAGUCGCCGAGGGAAUCGAUGCCGUGAUCGUCGACUCUGUUCUCGCCAUCCGUAAGGGCCUUACGGAGCAUCAAGCCAAAGGCGACACUCCGGCCCCAUCUGCGCAGCCAAGCCCGCUGGCUGAACCCAAUCGUGAGGCACUGAAGGAGUCUAUCCAGAUACCUGUCCUUGAACAAACCGAACAGAAGGAUGACCACCUCCAUGUGAAACAGCAGGCUGUACUCAAUCCCCAGUGA